UAAUUUUGCAUUUUUAAAUUUACCGACAAGGAAAAUGAGAGCACUCGUGGCGUUUGUGCUUAUAAUAAGCGUAUCGAUGGUCUGCGCUUACACUACAGAAUCGUACGACACGGGCGGCACCGGACGGUAUACUACUGGCCGCGGGUCUACAUCGAGAUACUGGACCGGCACGGGUUCCAGGGGUUAUGGGACUACUCACGGCCCCACUCGUAGUGGCCGUACUAAACGGCACAAUUACGGGUCAACACAAACACCCAGAUAUUACUCAACUUAUCAUGGUUACACUGGUGGCACAGGUGGUACUGGACGUCCUUAUGGUUACACUGGAGGCUCCACCAGAGGGUACACCAGUCGGCAUAAACCAAAGGUCGGCAUACCCCGCAGGUCGGGUUACCCCGCUCUAGGCUUAACAAGGCUAACCUUAGCUAACCAAGGCUUACCA